AUGUCGACGGUGACACAAGAUCCCAGAGCCUGGGUACCCGGACUUAGCGACGAGGGUGAAGCUGGAGCUUACGUCGCGGCCACCGUCAAGCAAGCUAUUUACCCUGACGCCGAUGAAGCACGGAUUCUUGACGCCUUUGUGGAUAAUGUAGUCUGGGGGAAUAUCCAACACGACGACUACGCCGUGCGAAACAUUCUCUUCUUCUACGAGCCAGCCGAGGUCCCAGAAUUCACGUACGAAGAGUUUGACUGGACCUCGUGGUCAUCCUGGAACAAAGGCCGGUCAUACGCGGCCGACAGAGCCUACAACUAUGUUCACCCCUCGGCGGCAUACCGGUCCCUUUACAGAGUUGGACUAGCCUAUCCGGGGCUGAUGGGCUUGAUGGGAGAGACCGUAUGGAGCGUCAUCAUGACUGAUCUACUCUGUGAAGGGUUCAACAAUCAAGCAGCCACUCUGGAAGUACUUAUGAAGUCUCGCGCCGAGCACUGGGACUCUGUUGACGCCCCAUCUGGGAGUGAAAUGGCCUGGGACUCCACUGCCCAAGAGGGCGUCUACCAAUGGGACGGCUUCACUGCCGACUACGGCCCGGGAGUUCCUGGAAUGGCCCUUAGCUCUGGAACAUAUGUGGCCGACGAUGAGCAAGUUAGUCUCGUUGCUUAUGGCGGAGAGAUUUCAAUCGAUGGAUCGAACGUUAUGGUUGAACCUCGCGACCCUGUCAGGAAGAGAGUCUUCAUCGGCCCCCUGGCAGUCUCGAUCACGGUUGACGUAGGGCUUGUAGACGCUCCAAAGGCUAUGAACGCUAUUGUCUGGACAGAUUCGGUACAGGUAUUUUGGGAGGUCAGUAGUAAUAACUUUGAGGUCGCCCGUGGUGGAUGGAAAGUUCCUAUGGAUUAA